AUGUUGCCAACGAACGAAAAUACUACGGAAAAGAAUCAAACUUUGGUUCGAUCUCGCGAAUACUAUGAACAUCUACUAAUCUUAUCUCAAGUAAAAUAUUCCAUUUCAACAUCGACAAUUACGUAUCCGACUGGAGUAUUAAUCAUUAGUAUUCUGUUUAUUGUAUUUGCUCUGAUUUAUUUGAAACGGCAUGGUGAAAAGGCACAACGCGAAUUAGGUGAAGAAAAAAGGGAUCAUAUUGGAAUUUUGAAAAGGUUAGCAGAAGAUUUUAAACAACAAGAAAACAAACGUUGUCGAUCGAAUAAUGAGAAGUUCGAUGAAAAUCAACCAUAUCUAUGUCACUUUCAUUCACAUCGGCAACAAUCAGUAACAAACGUGAAAGAUAAGCAGGGGUUACCAACGUCGAUUAAUCAACAACCUAAUUUAAAUAUAAAUUCGAGUACUGGGCCAAAUACACAAAAUCUUUUUCAAACAACUAUAGGUGACAUUCGUAAACGUCUUGGUUUGAUGGAACAGCAUUCUUCAACAAAAUCGAUUCAAGAAGAAGAGGCCACGGAAUAUAGCAUUGUCACCGAUUCAGUCACAACAACGAAAUCGUAA